GGGCACAGCAGGGACAGCUGACAUACUCACAAAGAACACAGGGCAGGAAUUGCUUUAAAAUAUCUCAGCAAAGCUGGAGCUGAGUCACUGCUGCUAGAGAGGUCAGAAAGAAAUGAUCCUCUCCACUCCAAGGACAGCCAGACAUCCAUAAACUAUCCAGAAGGAUCUGAUAUACAGCCAGCUUAAAGGAAUCAGCCUGCCUUAGGAAGAUUUGCAGCUUGUUCUGGGUCUGUCACUCUGGGAUAGACGAUCACACUAAGUCAUUUAAAAUUCCACAUUUAAGAAACCUUUCUUUUUUUUUCUUGGAAAACAAAAAUAUCUCUGGGAUCAGAAGCAUUUUUUCUCCUUUUUUAAUUGUAAAGACUAAUUGCAGUUCCCAAAGGACCUAUGAUAUUUUAGCUGAAUUUCUCCUCCUUUCAAGGAAAGAAUUGAUUUUAACCCAGUAUUUGAAAUUGAAGAAGGACCCCCCCACCCAUGCACCUGCACAGUCCUUCCCUCAUGGCAGAUGGAAACUUCUCUCUUUCUGGACAUUUGGUCAGGAGUCCAGGAGGAAACACUUCCAGACUCCACAGCAUAGAAGCCAUCUUGGGAUUUUCUAAAGAGGACAGUGUCCUGAGCCCAUUCCAGACAGAGGGCAGUCUCAGGAAUGGCAAGGAAGCAGAGACUAGGACUUCUAAGCACUGUCUGCACAAAAUGUCAGAGGAGAUACAGCCCCAGCAGAGUGAUCUGGAGGACAGACAUGAUGAUGGCUAUGGGGGUAAGAACUGAACUUUGUUAGAAACUAGAUAGACAGACAGAGAUCAGAUUAACUUUAAUAAGGGGUAUUUAUCCAAUUAUCGGAAAGAAAAAAAAAUAACUGCAGAUAAUAUGUCAGUAAAAAAAUAGUUUUUAGGAGUAUACUGAGAUAAAUAUGCUGAUAAAUAGACUGACAGAUCAUGGAGUGAGAUAUCUCAUUGAAUUAAAGUUUACCUACCUCUAUGGUCGUAUUACAGCUCAUUCAUUAUUUCAAGGAUUAAACUAAACAUUUAUGAACAUCAUCAGGAUUCUAAUAGAUUCACAAAUAACAUGUUUUAGGCAGGGGGUAGGGAAUUGAAGAAUUUAGAUUUAAUUUAAUUCAACUUAAUUUUUCUCCAGCAGGUAGGUUGCGAAUUUAUAAUUUCCGCACAAUUCACUUUGAAUAGAUUCUUUAAUCCGUUAACUGCCGAAUAUGAGUCUCUUUGCGGUUCCUUUUGCAGUUAAGGCAUCACAUUAAAGGAAGUUCCCUUCUCAUGUAAACAUUGCGUUUCCUUUUCUGUAGACUCCUACUGUACCAAAGGGUCCAGUGAGUGCCUGAGCCCCUGCCUAUCGGCCUCUAACAGCAGUGAUACCAAUAAACUUUCUGAUGAUGAACAGCCCAAGAAGAAGCAUAGGAGAAACCGGACCACCUUUACCACCUACCAGCUCCAUGAACUGGAGAGAGCUUUCGAGAAGUCCCAUUACCCUGAUGUCUACAGCCGGGAAGAACUGGCUAUGAAAGUCAACCUCCCUGAAGUGAGGGUGCAGGUCAGUAAUAUCUUCAGCAAAGGGUCUUUCCGAAUGAGCACACGGUUUAUUGUAAGGGAGACAACUUUUCAUGACAGGUUUUGGGUACACCAAGUUUAUUAUAAGGGCCCACCCUUCAAUGAGGGAGCUUGCUUGCACCCAAUUUAUUAUACGGUGAUAAUUCUUCAAUGCUCCCAGUUUAUUAUAAGGGGACCAUUCUUCAAUGAGGGAGCUUGCAUGCACCCAGUUUAUUAUAAGGGGACCAUUCUUCAAUGAGGGAGCUUGCAUGCACCCAGUUUAUUAUAAGGGGACCAUUCUUCAAUGAGGGAGCUUGCAUGCACCAAGUUUAUUAUAAGGGCCCACCCUUCAAUGAGGGAGCUUGCAUGCACACAGUUUAUUAUAAGGGGAUCAUUCUUCAAUGAGGGAGCUUGCAUGCACACAGUUUAUUAUAAGGGGACCAUUCUUCAAUGAGGGAGCUUGCAUGCACACAGUUUAUUAUAAGGGGACCAUUCUUCAAUGAGGGAGCUUGCAUGCACACAGUUUAUUAUAAGGGGACCAUUCUUCAAUGAGGGAGCUUGCAUGCACCCAGUUUAUUAUAAGGGGACCAUUCUUCAAUGAGGGAGCUUGCAUGCACCCAGUAUAUUAUAAGGGGACCUACCCUUCAGUGAGAGGCUUUUUUGCUACUACUUUAUUUAUAAAUAUUUCCUUCUCACCAGCUAAUUACAAUUAUUAUUAAGGAAAUGAGGAAUAACACAAUAACGCCAACUACAGUCAUAAUUAAAGUUUUAAAUAAUACAAAUGUUUAAUUCAUGGAGUGACAUUAGAAUUAACAAACUGAGAUCGAUUGCAUGUUUAAUAACCACGUACAAUGUACAACAUUAACACGGAAUAAAUAAUAUUAAUAAUAUAUAAUAAUAAUUAAUAAUAAAUAAAUACUAUAUAUAUAACUUUCCAUGAUGGUUCAUUUUCGAUCUUGCUGUAGAUUGUUAUGUAGGAAUAAUUUACAGAUAUUGUGGAAAGUUAAUGCAAUAAAAACACUAAUUUUUUUUUAUUUAUUUAAUUUAAUAUUGUUGAAUUAUUCUCCUAAAUGUGAAAGACAGCAUUACAUCUAAUAACUGAACACUGACUUGUAGUAAACUGGAAAUUAAGUUGUAAACUCCUGGACUAAAGUAGCUGAAACGGGAACAUUCUCAAAUUCAGAUAUGAUUUGAUUAUUAUUAAUUAUUUUUUUCGUUUCUUAGUCCAGCCUUAAUGUUGAGUUAGAUAACAAUUAAAAUACUUUGACUUUUUCCAAAUUCAGGCAGUUCAACUUUCUUUUUACUUACUCCGUUUGGCUGAGGCUGAGAAAAAAAUGUUUCAAUCUCAGCUACUUCCACAGCUUGGAUAUUUAAACUUACAUUUUUAAUGUGGAUAUUAGUGAAUAGCCUUAUAUUAUGUAGAAUCAAUCAAACUACUAAGUGAUUUGUUAACCACACAAUGAAUAGAUACCUGGAUUUGAAAAACCAAAGUCAAAAUAAGGACGCUCAUCAGGUUUGGAGAAUUUUUCCCCCCCAAUUCUAAUAUUUUAACACAUUAUUUGUAAAUUGGCCAAAUCACCUUAAAUGGAUGCUUAGUGAAUACGAUUCAUUGCUAGACAGGAUACCACUUAAUUCUAGCAAUUCUGAUGGGUAAUGCUAUGCAUUAUGUCAUAACAUUAUCCAUAAAUUAAGUCCAUCAGAUCAGUCCCAAUUCAGAGGCAUUGCCGUGAUAACAGGCAGACUGACACCAGGCACAUCCUGAUUGCCAUUAGAACGUUGAGCAUUGUGGAUGUUCUAACUUCUCCUGAUAUUUACUAACAUUAGCUUAGUGAAUAUUUAGACACUAUAAUUAUACUGUACUGGUAAUACAAAUAGUGCUCACAUUAAUCCAGGACAAACCAUUAGAAGAUACAAAAAUAAAACAAUGUUACAUUGUGACUUUCCACCAAACCGUUUAUUUCACUAUUGGUUAAUGACAAUACAUGACAUAUUACAAUAUCUUUAGACCGGUAUAUACCGCAUAUUUUAAUACAGGUCUGUUGGUGUCCGCAGCAUUCUAUGGGGUAUAUUCACUAAACGGUGAUUUAUAUUGAUUUUGCAAAAUAAAUGAAUGUUACAUUAAAUAUAGAAUCGCCUGUACGAUUUGGCUAUUUUAGAAUAGAUUUCAUGUCUCCAGACCUCGCCUUGCUGUUAGUUGAUAUAAAGUUUCAUAGAGUUGUCUCACGUAGCUAUAUAUUUAUUUAGUAAUUGUUACCGGUUUGAUAGAGAGACAGACAGACAGACAGACAUAGAUAGAUAGAUAGAGAGAGAGAGAGAGAGAGAGAGAGAGAGAGAUAGAUAGACAGACAGACAGAUAGAGAGAGAGAGAGAGAGAGAGAGAGAGAGAGAGACAGACAGACAGAUAGAUAGAUAGAUAGAUAGAUAGAUAGAUAGAUAGAUAGAUAGAUAGAUAGAUAGAUAGAUAUUAACAGUUUGACUGGUUUAUCCACUAAAGUGAGCAUUCAAAGUGAAUUCAAAGUGAAUUUCAAAAUUCAGCAAUGUUUUCAGCUCGGCUUCUCUGGCCUUAGAUUUGAAAUCUCACUUUAAUAAAUAAAGCUGUAAAUUGGUGAACUUUGUUAAUUGGAAUAAUUAAAGCAAUGCUAAUUGUCUAGUCUCGCUUGUGAGAAAUCACUGCCGUUGCCACUUGCUAGGUGCUGUGUGAGAGUACUUGUAUAGUGAUUUAUUGAAUAUUACUGGAUUAUCACAUGUUUGUGUCUGGUGCUGUAUGGAUUUUCUUGAGAUAUACAUUUAUGGGGAUUAUUCGUUUUGGGCAAUAUGGGAUGGGACAAUUUGCCAUACUCAGGGUAUAGAUUGAGGGGGUGUAUUUAUUUUAGGACUUGGAUAUGCCAGAUACAACAUUAGCAUUUGCCAUAUAAAUUGAGGGCAUUUACUAUAGGCUAGUAUUGAGAAUCUAUAGUAUGCAUGCAGGCUGUGAUUAGUUUAUCUUAUAUAGUGUAUCUAUAUACUGUAUAUAGAGUGUAUAUUUACUAUAUAUAGUGCGUACAGUUACUGUAUAUAGUGUGUAUAUUUACUAUAUAUAAUGUGUACAGUUGCUAUAUAUAGAGUGUAUAUUUACUAUAUAUAAUGUGUACAGUUGCUAUAUAUAGAGUGUAUAUUUACUGUAUAGAGAGUAUAUAUUUAUAUAUAGAAUGUAUGCUUACUACAAAAAGUGUGUAUAUUCACUAUAUAUAGAGUGUAUAUUUACUAUAUAUAGUGUGUAUAUUUACUAUAUAGUGAGGGUAUAUUUACUAUAUAUAGAGUGUAUACUAUAUAUAGUGUGUAUAUUUACCAUAUAUAGAGUGUAUAUUUACUAUAUAGUGAGUGUACAUUUACUGUAUAUCGUGUGUAUAUUUACUUUAUAUCGUGUGUAUAUGUACUAUACAUAGCGAGUGUACAUUUACUGUAUAUAGUGUGUAUAUUUACUAUAUAAAUUGUGUAUAUUUACUACAUAGUGAGUGUAUAUACUAUAUAUAGUGUGUAUAUUUACUAUAUAGUAAGUGUAUAUUUACUGUAUAUAGUGUGUAUAUUUACUAUAUAUAGAGUGUAUAUUUACUAUAUAUAGUGUGUAUAUUUACUGUAUAUAGAGUGUAUAUUUACUACAUAUUGAGUGUAUAUGUACUAUAUAUAGUGUGUAUAUUUACUUUAUAUAGUGUGUAUAUUUACUAUAUAGUGUGUAUAUUUCCUGUAUAUAGUGUGUAUAUUUACUAUAUAUAGUGUGUACAUUUACUGUAUAUAGUGUGUAUAUUUACUGUAUAUAGAGGGUAUAUUUACUACAUAGUGAGUGUAUAUUUACUAGAUAUAGUGUGUAUAUUUACUGUAUAUAGUGUGUAUUGUUACUAUAUAUAGAGUGUAUAUUUACUAUAUAGUGAGUGUAUAUUUACUAUAUAGUGUGUAUAUUUACUGUAUAUAGUGUGUAUAUUUACUAUAUAUAGAGUGUAUAUUUACUAAAUAGUGAGUGUAUAUUUACUAUAUAUAGUGUAUAUAUUUACUAUAUAGUGAGUGUAUAUUUACUGUAUGUAGUGUGUAUAUUUACUAUAUAGUGAGUGUAUAUUUACUAUAUAUAGAGUGUAUAUUUACUAUAUAUAGUGUGUGUAUUUAUUAUAUAUAGUGUUAACAUUUACUAUAUAGUGAGUGUACAUUUACUGUUUAUAGUGUGUACAUUUACUGUAUAUAGUGUGUAUAUUUACUAUAUAUAGUGUGUGUGUAUAUAUAUUAUGUAUAAUGUGUAUAUUUACCAUAUAUAGAGUGUAUAUUUACUAUACAUAGUGAGUGUACAUUUACUGUAUAUAGUGUGUAUAUUUACUAUACAUAGUGUGUAGUGAGUGUAUAUUUACUAUAUUUACUAUAUAGAGAGUGUAUAUUUACUAUAUAUAGUGUAUAUAUUUACUAUAUAGUGAGUGUAUAUUUACUAUAAAUAGUGUGUAUAUUUACUGUAUAUAGUGUGUAUAUUUACUAUAUAGAGAGUGUAUAUUUACUAUAUAUAGUGUAUAUAUUUACUAUAUAGUGAGUGUAUAUUUACUAUAAAUAGUGUGUAUAUUUACUGUAUAUAGUGUGUAUAUUUACUAUAUAGAGAGUGUAUAUUUACUAUAUAUAGUGUAUAUAUUUACUAUAUAGUGAGUGUAUAUUUACUAUAAAUAGUGUGUAUAUUUACUGUAUAUAGUGUGUAUAUUUACUAUAUAGUGUGUAUAUUUCCUGAUAUAGUGUGUAUAUUUACUAUAUAUAGUGUGUACAUUUACUGUAUAUAUAGUGUGUAUAUUUACUGUAUACAGUGUAUAUAUUUACUAUAUAGUGAGUGUAUAUUUACUGUAUAUAGUGUAUAUAUUUACUAUAUAGUGAGUGUAACUACUGUAUUAAGAGUGUAUAAUUACUAUAUAUAGUGUGUAUAUUUACUGUAUAUAGUGUGUAUUUUUACUAUAUAUAGAGUGUAUAUAUUUACUAUAUAGUGAGUGUAUAUUUACUGUAUAUAGUGUGUAUAUUUACUGUAUAGUGAGUGUAUAUUUACUGUAUACAGUGUAUAUAUUUACUAUAUGAUGAGUGUAUAUUUACUAUAUAGUGAGUGUAUAUUUACUAUAUAUAGUGUGUAUAUUUACUGUAUAGAGAGUGUAUAUUUACUGUAUAUAGUGUGUAUAUUUACUAUAUAGUGAAUGUAUAUUUACUGUAUAUAGUGUGUAUAUUUACUAUAUGCAGGGUAUGUUUCGUUUCCCUUAUACAGAGUCGUGGUAUAGUAUAUGGAGAGUGUGUAUUUAACAGAUGCAGUCUGUGUAUUUCCCAUAAACAGGCUGGGUAUUUAUUUACCAUUGAUCAUGUACAGGGUGUGUAUUUACCAUUGAUCAUGUACAGGGUGUGUAUUUACAAUUGAUCAUGUACAGGGUGGUGAGUGCAUUUACCAGAUGGCUGAGUAUAGCCAAGACUUUUACUGGAUUAUUUACUGAAGUGAGAAUUUAAAGUGAAUGUUAAAUUUUAGACCUAAGUAGCCAAACUAGAAGCAUACCUGACUUAGCGAAUUUAUCCAGUUCGGCUAUUUUGUCCUUACAUUUGAAAUUGACUUUGAAUUCCCACUUUGGUGAUUAACCCUGUUCGUUUUUUUGUUGAUUUACAAAAGAAAGUUUCUAAAGUUGUAAAUGGCAGGAGCCAUUUUUGGGGAAAUAUGUUUGGAGCAAUGUGGACCCAGACUUUUGGAAGAAAUUAAUUAAAUUUAUUAUGUGGCUUAUCUGAAAUGACCCUCAUUGGUUGCAAAAUACCAAAAUUAACCCUCAAUAGGACUCUAUCACAUGAAAGUAUUUUGCAAAAACAGAAUCAUUUUAUCAUUUAAAUAAUUCAUAAUGACAGUGUUGGACUACAACACAAAUGCUGACACAACCAAAGGAUAUCAUAAGACAAAGUACAGACUACUUUGUCUUAUGAUAAUUUUCAAGCUUGACAAAACAUGAUAAAUAUCAGCCACUUGCAAGUUGCAACGGCGCUGGAAAAAGCUAUUUUUUCACACAUUGUGCAGAAAAGUCCAUGGUGUUGUGGAAUCUUCCAUAAACCUCUGUAUUGCACUUUUGUGCAUGCAUGGCAGACAGUACAGAAGUGAUGAAAACUCUAUGAGUCUAAAACAGAACUAACACAAAGAUGGUGCAGCCAAUGACAAGGAGUUUCAGGUAAAUAUAUCUCCCUAGAGAUUCUUUCGUGGACCACUGCUCAACCAGCGAGCAUGUCAAAACCCUGAAAAUGACAUUGUAUCCAAUGCAAGAAUUCAUUUCCAAACAAAUCUCGAAAUGUUUUCUGAAUAAAUUAAUAGUCUCACUGGCUUCCCAAGCCAACAAGCAAACAGUUAAUGUGAUUAAUCAAAGGAAAAUUAAAGAACAUCCCCUUAUUAACAAGGGUUGCUCAUCAAAAUGUAACUACCAAUCCCUCACACACAGUGAAUCGAAUUCCAAGCAGAUGGCCAUUAAAAUGUCAUAUUGAGUGUUAUAAAGAUCUAAUUAAACAUCCCCACAUACAAUGAGCUGCUGGCUGUGGGUAAAGUUAUAGAUUUAGAGACUAAAAAUUAUUCUUAAAGGAUCACUAUAGGGUCAGGAACACAAACUUGUGUUCUUUACCCUAUAGUGUUAAAAUCACCAUCUAGCCCCCCUGGACCCCUCAUGCCUCCAUAAAUAUAGUAAAUAUCUUACUGUAUUCAAGCCUGAAGCUGCUGGCUCUGCCCUGUCUGCCUCAGAAAAACAAGCAGUCUGCUGACAUCAUCAGAAGUGAUAGCCUGAUCCAAUCACAAUGCUUCUUCAUAGGAUUGGCUGAGACUGACAAGGAGGCAGAUCAGGGGCAGAGCCAGCAUGAUUCAAACACAGCCCUGGCCAAUCAGCAUCUUCUCACUGAGAUGAAUUGAAUUAAUGAAUCUCUAUGAGGAAAGUUCAGUCUGCAUGCAGAGGGAGGAUAUACUGAAUGUGUGGUUGCAUUUUAGGCAGCCAUGACCCAGGAAGGACCUGUAACAGCCAUCUGAGGAGUUGCCAGUGAAGUUAUCCCUGGGCUGUAAUGUAGACACUGCAUUUUCUCUGAAAAGACAGUGUUUACAGCAAAAAGCCUGAAGGUAAUGAUUCUACUCACCAGAACAAAUUCAAUAAGCUGUAGUUGUUCUGGUGACUAUAGUGUCCCUUUAACCCCUUAAGGACACAUGACAUGUGUGACAUGUCAUGAUUCCCUUUUAUUCCAGAAGUUUGGUCCUUAAGGGGUUAAAUUGCUUUCUGACUGGUGUCACUAUCUCGAAUAGAGGUGCCCAGAAAGUUAGAUCAAGUUAGACCCGAUCUAGAGGCACAAAUACUAUUCAAAUGAUUUAUCCGUGGAAGUCACCAUAAACAUCUAUGGACAUUUUUGUAGUUAAAUUAUUAGAAUGUUUUUUUUGUAAGAGAUUAAAAUUAUUUCUGAUGCUGAUUCAUACAAAAGAAAUCAAGGCCAUUGUGGUACUGUUGCAACUUGCAACCUGAGAAGACAUUUCAGUUUUAUGAUUAAUAUGCUUACUGUGUAUGUCUCAGCUUCCUCAAGUUUAUUAGGAUUUAAGAUGGCAGAGCAGAGAAUCCUUCAUUCCUAUUAUUUGCAAGUUUGUUGUGCAAUUGCCAUAAAAAGGGAUUCCUCUCCCUCAAAUUUGUUGUCAAUUUGGAAUUCAGUGAAAAGUUGGCCAAAAGUUGAAAGCCUUUAUAUUCUUCUUGCAAUUACUAAAUCCACGGUGUCAGGUGAAACACAUGAGAGUUUACUGCUAAUUCUUCAUACUUAUCUAAUUUCUCUUUUUUCCCCUAAGGAAGAAUGUAGAUCAUUAAUUCUUCCCUUCAUUAGGACUGGAGUUUCUAGGUUUUUGUCCUGUCAAUUUUUCCACUAUUGCACUUGCCGGCUUUCAUCUUAGAACACAGCCAUCUGGUUAACACCGCUGGUUGGAUUGGUGAAGAGCCAUUUCAUUACUCUAUUGACUAUUGUCAAGUGAGCCCUUUCAGUUCUCUGUAAUUUUUUUUAUUUUCGUAGCCAGCACGAAAUCUCUAUGAAGUGACUAUUUGGGACCAAUCGUGGAGACUAUCUAAGAAUACCAUUAGUCAUAUCCCUUUGUGUCAAAUUUGUGGAUUUUUGAUAACUGUUAUCUUGAGAAGGCACAUCUGGACCUAAUUUUUAAUACCUAUAUUAAUGAUAUCAUGAUCCAUGCCUAGUUUCCUUUGGUUUUAUCUAAGUAAUAAACGCUACUAAGGAAACACCCAAAACACACAAAUAAACCUGCAUUUAGGAGUUACUAGUACAAAACAUGUCUACAGUUGAAAAGUUCUGGUACUCUUAUACUAUAUUAGACAUACAUGUCUGUUUCUAUUCCUGUGAUUCAAUGAGACUCAUAUCUAUUUUUUUGUUAUUCAGGUGUGGUUUCAGAACAGAAGAGCUAAAUGGAGAAGGCAGGAGAAGUUGGAGGUGACCUCGAUGAAAUUACAAGAUUCACCCAUCCUUUCCUUUAAUAGAUCCCCUCAGUCCUCUGGCCUAAGUGCAAUCAGCAGCAGUCUACCACUGGACUCUUGGCUUACAUCACCAAUGUCCAACACAACCCCAUUACAAAGCCUCCCAGGGUUUGUUACAACCCCACAAAGCCUACCAGGCAGUUACACACCUCCCCCCUUCAUGAACACUGCACCAGUGGGACAUGCCUUACAACCAUUAGGAGCCAUGGGACCACCUCCACCUUACCAAUGCGGAAGCAACUUUCUGGACAAAUAUCAGAUGGAAGAAAUAGACCCUAGAAAUACCAGCAUAGCUGCCCUCAGAAUGAAAGCUAAAGAACACAUCCAGUCUAUUGGCAAGCCUUGGCAAACCAUAUGAAGGUGGUGAUGGGUAGCUAGCUAGCUCAUUUUGAGAUCUUCUACCCUGUGUCAAUGUACAUAGAACAUCAUUUUGGGGAGAUAUUCCCAUCCAACAAGGUGCCAAGCAAGGACAACCAAACUAUAUACCCAGAAGACUGGAACUUUGAAAACUAGAGUGAAGAUCGAUUAUUUCUCAUGUGUUCAAAAAACUUACAGUAUACAUUCUUGCUUCUAAAGAAUACAAUUUUCAUGUUUACACACAUAACCCGUUACUGACUCCACUGCUUAUUAAAUUAAAUCAAUGUAAAUCAUCUAAUUAGCAAAUGGGAAUUUGGUAAGAACUUGAAGUCAGUGAUUCUUCGUAUAUUUAUGUCCGUUUAGAUUUGCAACAUUACUGUGUAGAAGCAGACAUCUUUCUAUAAAGAAAGUAUUGAUGUGAUUAUUUUCUGUUUCGUCUCCAUGAAAGUUGAUUGUUACUAUUUUACAUUUUUACUUUAUCUCCCUCUCAACUCAAUUUGGGGUUGAUGUUAAAUCCCAUUCUUUUCAACAUUUUGUAGAAAUCAAAUCUGGAUUAACAUAGGGGCUAACGGAGCUGCAGCUCCUGACCCAUGCUCACUGAGUACUGACAUUGAGACUGACUAAAAAAAAAUACAUAUAUUUUUAGUUUAAUUACUCUAAACAUUCUCUUACCCUACUGUGCUGUUCAGAGGAAUUGAAGUGUGUGGACUUAGAAGGCAUACAAAAUCUAUUCUGUACUGGCUGAUCAUAAAAUAGUCAACUUAAAGUCGAAAGUGCUCUGUGCAACUCUACUUUCACAUGCAGUAUGCAUUUGCUUAAAAACACAACCUGCAACUGUCACUUUUGCUUUUUAAUUUUCAAAAAUAAUAAUCUUUGCUAUUUUAACAGAAUGUUUUAUAUUAAUCACAGCAAGUAUAAAUAAAUUUAACAGAAGACUAUUUUUGUAUGAUCUGUACCCAUAAUAGAAUUAACUUAAUAAGAAAAUAAAUAUGGUCUAUAUUGGCAACCAAUUAGCGGUCAACUUUUGUGCAUCAGCUAGGCUUGCAAGUUCACCAAGAUUAUAUGUCUUUUACGGCAACAAUGCCCCCUUAUCAGACACUGGCCACCCAGUGCUUCACCAACACACCCUUGUCAUAGUCAUACGCUUUCACAUAUCAAGUUCUUGAGGAAAAUUGGUAGAAAUUAGAUUUACUCUGGUGGGCCUGACAAGUAGAACAUUAUAGAAAUAUUUUUUUUUAUUUUUUUUAAAACAGGAGUCUCACCAUAUUCAUGACCCUUGGGUGGUAUGUCUGUUUUAGCAUUUUCUGCCUGUAAGAUUUUCUAAUUAGACCCAUCAUUAGUACCAUGGACUGGAAUUUCUAUAUCUGUCAGUAUCCCAAUAUAAUUUACAUGCACCCAUCCCAUGAAUCAACAUCAGCAGUGCCCUGCUCAUCUUAUAUAUGUGUAUUUUUUUACCUCUGUAAUAAACAAAGCAGAUCACUAGACAUGUUCACAAAUAAACAAUGUGUAUUUAUUUAGCAACCUGUUAUCAGUCUCUACAUCAGGGUGACAGAACUGAUAUGAUAAAACAAUAUUCUAC